GGGUAGCAUUGUUAUCUUAAGACUCUCAGCUGGUGUCUGAGUCUGCAGGUGAAACUGCUUAGGUACGGAGCACAGAGUCUGAGCAGGGACGCUCCGGGCUGCAGCCUGGAAUGGAAUCCGCCAGCCUCGGAAGCUGCUCCGCUCGUGGGUGCUCGGGCAGCGCCUCCGCGGAGCUCGGAGGAUCCCGUUAGCACUUGUCCAGGGAUGUGCACCUGCGUUGCGUGGCGAGCGCUCGGGCAGGUCUGCAGGCAGCGGAGGGAGCCGUGAAGCAGGAGGAACAGUCUUUGCCCAUGUGCAAAGCAUUAAUUCCGGGAGAGAGAGGGCGGGUGAGUCUCUUUUAGAGUUGGAAGGAAGGCACGAUCUUGCGUUUCUCUUCGGUGGAGGAAGAGAGGACUCCCCAGGUCUGGUUUGGCACUUUCCUUCGCUCUCCACCCGCGUGUGCCUCGGCCCGACGUCGAAGCCCCACUUCAAACAUGCUGUGGGUGCCCGGCAUCCUUGUUACUCAGCUGGAAGGCGGCAGGCAAGUGGUCUGACUGCGGCCGCGGAGGCAGCGGGCAGCAAGAGAAUUUGAAAAGAGACACCCGCUCCCUCUACACACGCUGAAUCGGGGGCAUUCGCCUUUCCCCAAAUGAGAAGGAGCCACGGGAAAUCAUGAAGUAAAAACUUUGGAAAGCUGCCACUGGAAAUGUUGCACGAAAAUCUGGAAUCUUUUAGGAGUCUCCUCCCAGUCGGUGGAGGUUUGGGCAGCAGCUGAUACAGCAAGGAGGGCUCUUGCAAGGAUUCAAGGUUGUUUACUCAGCGAGGCCAGAGGGCAAAGAACAUCCCUGCGUCAUCAAUUCCUUCUGAUCCCCUUUCCCAAGACACAGGCUAGCCCCUGGGGAGCAUCACACAAAAACCAUCCCUUCUGAGACAGCGCUCCAAAAUCCCUCCCCAGCUCGCAAACAAGAGGCUGUAGCAGUCACAAAGGAGGAGACCACAAAAGCAGGAGGGGCGGGUGCAGUGGUGCCCGCAGCUGUGCCACGAGGUGCUGGGAUUGCUCAGCUGAGCGGCGGAGGGGUGAGGCAGUCUGCCAGCCUGGGCAGCGCCAAGGGGAUGGGCCGAGGGCUGCAGGCUCCCAGGAGAUGGCCCCGACUGGUCAGCCACACACGUUUGCUCCAGCAGCAAGCCCUGUUUCCCAGAGAAAAGGUCAAGUUCCAGGAGCCCUGGAGGAGCGGCACAGAGCGGGAGAGUGUGGCGAGAGAAUGAAGACACCAACUGCCCAGGAGAAGCAUGAGGUGGCAGAGUGGCACUCUGUUUAGAGGGCUUCGGCCAGCGGUGGUGGCGGCAGCAGCCCCAUGGGCGACUCUGCUGGCACUGGGCCUUCCUGGUUGGGUGCUGGCUGUCUCGGCCACGGCAGCCGCUGUGGUCCCGGAGCAUCAUGCCUCCUCGGCCGGCCAGCCGCCCCUGGACUGGCUGCUCACAGAUCGGGGCCCGUUCCACCGUGCGCAGGAGUACACUGAUUUCGUGGAGCGCUACCGCCAGGGUUUCACCACCAGGUACAGGAUCUACAGGGAGUUUGCCCGUUGGAAAGUGAACAACUUGGCUCUAGAAAGGAAGGACUUCUUUAGUUUGCCAUUGCCUCUUGCCCCAGAGUUUAUCCGGAACAUCCGCCUCCUCGGAAGGAGACCCAACCUGCAACAGGUUACUGAAAACCUGAUCAAAAAGUACGGCACUCAUUUCUUACUUUCUGCCACCCUUGGAGGAGAAGAGUCCCUGACCAUUUUUGUGGACAAGCGGAAACUGAGCCGAAAGUCGGAGACGGCAGGGAGUGCCCCUAUAGUCGGGGGCAGUGGGAACAGCUCGGCCGUGUCCCUGGAAACCCUGCACCAGCUGGCAGCCUCCUACUUCAUCGACAGAGAGAGCACCCUGCGACGGCUGCACCAUAUCCAGAUAGCCACAGGGGCCAUCAAGGUCACAGAGACCAGGACCGGCCCCCUGGGCUGCAGCAACUACGACAACCUGGACUCGGUCAGCUCCGUCCUGGUACAGAGUCCGGAGAACAAGGUGCAGUUACUCGGCCUGCAGGUGCUGCUGCCCGAGUACCUGCGUGAGCGCUUCGUGGCCGCCGCACUCAGCUACAUCACAUGCAGCUCCGAGGGUGAACUCAUCUGCAAGGAGAAUGACUGUUGGUGCAAGUGCAGUCCCACCUUCCCGGAAUGUAACUGUCCCGACGCCGACAUCCAGGCCAUGGAGGACAGCCUGCUGCAGAUCCAGGAUGCAUGGGCCACUCACAACCGGCAGUUUGAGGAGUCAGAGGAAUUCCAGGCCCUGCUGAAGAGGCUGCCCGACGACCGGUUCCUCAACUCCACAGCCAUCUCCCAGUUCUGGGCCAUGGACACCAGCCUCCAGCACCGCUACCAGCAGCUGGGAGCCAGCUUGAAAGUGCUGUUCAAGAAGACCCAUCGGAUUGUCCGCCGGCUCUUCAACCUCUGCAAGCGCUGCCACCGGCAGCCCCGCUUCCGCCUGCCCAAGGAGAGGUCCUUGUCCUACUGGUGGAACCGAAUCCAGUCCCUGCUCUACUGCGGAGAAAGCACCUUCCCUGGCACCUUCCUGGAACAGAGCCACAGCUGCACCUGCCCCUACGACCAAUCUUCCUGCCAGGGCCCCAUCCCCUGUGCCUUGGGGGAAGGGCCCGCCUGUGCCCACUGUGCCCCAGACAACAGCACACGCUGUGGGAGCUGCAACCCAGGCUACGUGCUCGCCCAGGGGUUGUGCCGCCCUGAGGUGGCUGAGUCCCUGGAGAACUUUCUGGGGCUGGAGACAGACUUGCAGGACCUGGAGCUGAAGUACCUGCUGCAGAAGCGGGACAGCCGCAUCGAGGUGCACUCCAUCUUCAUCAGCAACGACAUGCGGCUGGGCAGCUGGUUCGACCCCUCCUGGAGGAAACGCAUGCUGCUCACCCUGAAGAGCAACAAGUACAAGCCCGGGUUGGUGCAUGUGAUGCUGGCCCUAUCCCUUCAGAUUUGCCUCACCAAGAACAGUACCCUGGAGCCUGUCAUGGCCAUCUACGUCAACCCCUUUGGGGGCAGCCACUCGGAGAGCUGGUUCAUGCCCGUGAAUGAGGGCGACUUCCCCGACUGGGAGAGGACUAACGUGGACGCAGCUGCCCAGUGCCAAAACUGGACUAUCACCUUGGGAAAUAGGUGGAAGACCUUCUUUGAGACAGUCCAUGUUUACCUGCGGAGCCGCAUCAAGUCCCUGGAUGACAGCUCCAAUGAGACAAUCUACUAUGAGCCUCUGGAGAUGACUGACCCCUCCAAGAACUUGGGCUACAUGAAAAUCAACACCUUACAGGUCUUUGGCUACAGCCUGCCCUUUGACCCCGAUGCCAUCCGGGACUUAAUUCUCCAGUUAGACUACCCAUAUACUCAAGGUUCCCAGGACUCUGCCCUCUUGCAGCUCAUCGAGCUUAGGGACCGGGUCAACCAGCUCUCUCCCCCUGGCAAAGUCCGGCUUGACCUGUUCUCCUGCUUGCUCCGGCACCGGCUCAAGCUGGCCACCAAUGAGGUGGGCAGGAUCCAGUCCUCCCUGAGGGCUUUCAACUCCAAGCUGCCAAACCCCGUGGAGUAUGAGACAGGAAAACUCUGUAGCUAAUGGGGGACCCACUCCAGCACUGGGCAGGGAGGGGAUCCAUGAAUCCGGGGCGCAAAGAUCACCUAAGCCCUCACCUUAGUGCCAACAGGGUGCUCCCUUAAGACUGUCAGCACCCAGCUGAUGGGACCUCGGGGCUUGGACUGAUGCAGGCAGGAGAGGAAGAAACAGCCACGGCACACACGCGCACACUCACCACGCACGUGCACACAGCCGCACGCACUUGCACGGGGAAGCUACAGUUCAGCAGCCUGGAAUCUGUAAAGUCGGUGCUUUCUCAAAUGGAUGCGGUUGAAGGAGAGGAGCCUAGGGAGAGAUUCAGGAAAAGAACCAGCCAAACCCUGCAACACACAACUUCUUAAAAGUGAUUCUUAUCAUUCAAGAAAGCCAGAGGGAACAGCAGUGGGAGGGUGAGCGCUGCCUCUCCCUCGGUGGUGGAGUCACUUUUCUAUUCUUUUUAACCAGAUUUCUUAAAAUGGUGUUGUUUCGUGAUUGGUUCUUACUUUUUGUACGCUGCCUCCUCUAAGCCCUCCAGACAUGGACUGCUCCUGGAGCCGGCUCCCCUGGGAAACAAAAAGUGACACCCUCAGAGGACGGCUAAGGGCAGGCAGGCAGCCCUGCUCCCCCUCCCUUGGGCCCCUAGCUUCCUUGGCCUCCCCCCGUUUCAGGGCCGGGCGUGCUCCACGUUCCCCUCGGGAUCCAUCUGGUGCUCCUCUCCCAACAGCAUCCCAUUUUGUCCAAGAAAGCAGCUCUGUCAAGUUAGAGACCAUGUAUAGGGACAUUUUCUUUAAGAAAAAAACAAAAAAACAGAAAAAUAUGUAUUUUGUGUUUGUUUUUCUUGUCAAUCUGCUCCAGCCACAAGAACAGAGGAGUAAAAGUUUAACUGGUUUAAUA